UUUUGCACCUUCCUAUCAAGUCUUCUUUUCUACAAUUUCAGCAAUUUAACCUGUUGUGAAUGACAUUAAUCGCCAGUGAGAGUGGCGCGUCUGUUGAGCUGCGGGAGCUCGGUUGCUGUUCACGGUGUGUAGUGCGUCUUCUGCACGGGGCAGAAAGUAGUUGUCAAACAGAUGUGCUCAAUGCGGAGGACAGUAUACGAGAGAAGCCUAUUUGUCCUGCCUGCUGUGGCCUGUUACACCACCCGUCACUUUGCCAACUUACUUUGAAUCGCGUUGAUGCACCACACAUGAGUCAGCUACUUGAAUCCGUUGCGUAUAAGAUCCAGUCAUCAACUUUUGAAUAUUCUGCUUGUAUCCUGAAAACGGUAACCCCGGUGAACAUCAUCCUUCGAGAACACAUUCUUUGGGCACUAUUGCUUCAGAAGGCCGGCGAAAAUGCUGCGGGCUCUUCUGGACUCAUCGCACGUCAACCAGAAGCCGUCGCCCCUUUCUCAACACAAGAUGUUGAUAAAUGGCGACGAAACAGCAUAUCGCUUAAAGUCGCUUGGCAGUGGAUUGUCGAACCUCUUCUGUCAUCUGCACUACAGGUGCCGUUUAUCCAGUCUUCAAAGGACAUUCUCAAAGAAGAACUCUUGCAAUCUCUUGGUUUUCCACCAUUUCCUGAGACGUCUGUUCUCACACUUAAUGUUGAACUAACAAACGAACAUUCCAAACUCGAAUGUGAGGACCACCUACGAGUCAUAAGACCAGCAGUUUCUGAUGAAAUUCAGGCCCAUAUCAACGAGCUUUUGAACUGUCGACCAGAAAAAAAUAGAAGGAAACGUGGAGCUUUACAGAAGCAUGUGCUAGACAAAAACGUUGAGAUCCAGGAGCCGGAAAUCUCACCAUGUCAGUUCUCAAAGACCAAUUUACAACCUCUGCUUUGGACCAUUUUGGAUCGGAAAUUUGUGCUUCCCUGCACUCUCCCCGCUACGAUCACGCUCCCAACGACCAGCAAAGUCCAACUUGGUCGGGAUUGUCCGGUAGUGAUAGCCGGUCGUUACGUCAAGCUGGAUCGUUACUUAUCACAAACCCCUUGGAUUAUUGACACCAAACGCAAGCUGUCCAGUUCUGUUGAAGAACUAAUCGCCGAUACGGUUAGAGAGCAGUUUGGUCGAAAUACGAAUAUCACCUUUUCAAGUUCCGGUCGAGAAGAUGUUGAUGUUCGAUGUCUCGGGCUUGGUCGUCCAUUUAUUCUACAGAUAGAAAAUUAUGACACUUCACUGAAGAAAGUCAUCGAGAGAUUUUCGAAAUUCGGUGCAAAAUCUCAUACACCGCUUACAAAUGACAGUUCAAUCGACCUUUUGCUGAUGGCUACCUUGGUUAAUUCUCGAACUGGCGGACGUCUAUUUGUCCGAGACCUGCAGAUAGUGAAUCCGACCGAUGCCGCGCGUGCAAUCAAGAAUGGUGAACUUGAAAAAUCCAAAUGCUACCGAGCUGUUUGUUGGUGUGGGGCGGGUGGGUUAACUACAGACCUUGUGCAUAGAAGGGCAAAACCGGUUGUGGGAUGUCAAAGAGAUUUCAGCGACCUUAUAGUGAAUCCGACCGAUGCCGCGCGUGCAAUCAAGAAUGGUGAACUUGAAAAAUCCAAAUGCUACCGAGCUGUUUGUUGGUGUGGGGCGGGUGGGUUAACUACAGACCUUGUGCAGUCCCUGGCCAGACAAUGCCGUCAAUUGAACUCCGAUAGUCUACCACCUGAAUCAACCAUGCAUACAUACAGCUGGCCCCCAGCCGUUUUUGAAGGACCAAUAGGCUAUCUAGACUAUGGCCCAAUAACCAUCUGUCAGCCGACUCCUAUUCGUGUUCUGCAUCGCCGGGCUGCGCUUGAACGAAUGAGAGACGUGCAUCUUUUGCGUUUGGCGGACUACCGUGCCUUAAUCGAGGUUGCAGCUCCUGAGUAUGCCGACUACGAACAAUGGUCCAGUCUCUACCCUGCUGAAGAACUGUUUAUUCUUGAACUUCGAUGCGACGCCGGUACUUACGUGAAGGAAUUCGUUCACGGCGAUCUGGGGCGUUCGCGUCCAAGUUUGGCUAGUCUCCUCGGACGUUCAGUCGACAUACUUACCUUGGACGUCGUCGCGGUUGAGUUGGAUUGGCCCACACGACUACCUGAUCCGGAUCUACCAACCGAUUCCCCAUGUUGA